UUUUUUAAGAGAAGCAUGGGGAGUUGCUAGAGGGAAAAUGGAUUCUUUAUUUCACGUCCUGGUUUCUACCUGUCUUGCCUUGACAUUCUCAGAAGGGUUUCUCAUUAUCCAUGUCCAGAAACAGCAGUGUCUUUCAGAAAAGAGAGGAGUCAUUAUGGAAAAGUGCAAUAUGACCGACCUGAACCAGAAGUGGCAGUGGAUGGCAGAUGACAGGCUCCUCCAUGUGAAGUCUGCCCAGUGCCUGAGCAUCUCUACACGCUCUGCUCUGUCAUCUCGCAGCAUCACCGUCGACUGUCCCCAGGCAGUCAGGUGGAAUUGCCACGAGGAUGGGCUCCUGAAGGUGGCCAACAGCUCCCUUUUCCUCACAAAACAAGGUCAGAAGGUAAUGGCCAAGCGGAGUAAAAAGUACCUUCAUACAUGGAUGCAGCUAAAAGCCAGCGAGACGGGAAAACCUGUUUAUGUUAAUCUGUGCUCAAAGCAAGAUCUCCAAGAUGCAGACACUUCUGUGUGGAGUACUAGAACUACACCCUCCUCUUCAAAUGCUGUUACUUCUAGGCCUGAAAAUGUGUUGAAGAGCAGCACAGAGAUGUUCAUCAGAAAUGUGACUGAACACUUCAGUAAAAAUCCCAUUGAAAACCUCUACUUUGACUUGAAAUCUGCAGUAACAGAGAAAGCCUGGAUUCCAACAACCACUCUUCAAUACUCUAGCACUACAGAAGAGGCCGCGCCGGAGCAGGCGGCGGGAUGCAGCGCCAACCUGACGGAGCGGAGCGUCGCCGGGCAGAGCGUUCGGCUGCGCUGGGGCGCCGCGGGCCGCGCCUGCAACUUCAGCCUGAGCGGGCGCUCCGAGGACGGGGAGGCGGCCGGCUGCCAGCCCGCCCCCGCGGGCAACGGCACCUACGGCUGCACCCUGCGGGGCCUGGAGGCCGGGACGUGGUACCACCUGCGCAUCGAGCCGCUCGCCGGCGGCGAGGCUCUCAACAUCUCCCUGCAGACAGAUCCCUUGCCACCAUCUCGUUUGGAAAUUAAUAAGGAAAAAACUACAUUCACAAGCUUGCAGGUUCAAUGGGAUCCUUCCUCAGGAAAGGUGGACAUGUAUAACCUAGUAUUACUUGAUCAUGAUAAUAAAAAGAUACAAGAAGUCUCUGUACCAGGAAGAAUUUCAAAAACAGAAAAUACAUUUUCCAAUCUCAUUCCUGGGAAUAAAUACUACAUUGUCCUCAGUGCCGUUUCUGGAAAUAAGACUACCCCAGAACUUCACAUAAGUGGAUCCACUGUGCCAUCUCCUGUGAAGAAUAUUCAGGCCAGUGUCAAGACAGACACUAUCCACGUUUCAUGGUCUUCUGGUGCUGGACAUGUGGAUCAUUACAGGCUGCUGUUGCUGGAUAAUCAUGUACCAGUUCAUGAGAUUCACCAGGAGGGUUCCCGGACAUCCUACACCUUUUUAGGACUUACAGCAGGCCACCUGUACAACCUCUCUAUCAUAACCCAGGCUGCAGGAUUGGAGAGCAGCAGUUUUCAAACAAUCAGGACAGCCCCAGCUGAAGUCUUAGAUUUGAUGGUGACUAACGACGGCAGCUUAGAUGCUUUAAAAGUUAAAUGGAGAAGACCUUCAGGAAACCUCAAUUUCUAUAAUAUUACUCUGUCUCAUCUUGGAUCAGUUAAAGAAGUCAAAACUGUGCAGCCACCAGUCACAGAGACCCAGUUUGACAAGCUAACUCCAGGACGGCUUUAUCAGGUUACUGCGCGCACAGUCAGCGGUGAGCUGUUCACCGAUCGCAUGGCAACUGGCAGGACAUUUCCCCAGAAAGUUUUGGAGCUGCAGGCGGGUGCUAGCGGCUGGCCACGAUCUCUGCGAGUGACCUGGCUGCCCCCUGCGGGAGACUGGGAGAGGUACCGCCUGCUCCUGUGGAACCACUCAGCCCUGGUGCUCAACAGCACCCUCGCGAAGGACACCACCGAGUACCUCAUCCGUAAUGCGGGCCUCAUCCCAGGGAGGGAGUACGGCGUGGAAGUCAUUGUGGAGAGCGGCGAUUUGCAGAGCAAGACGAGUUGCAUGGGGAGAACAGCUCCAGAGCCUGUUCUCCAGCUCCGUGUGAAGCAUGCUAAUGAAUCUUCACUUAGUGUCAUGUGGAUGACCCCUGUUGCAGAAUGGGACAGCUAUGUGGUUUCCCUGGAAGUCAGUGAGCUCCCUAUUGUAAAGAAAGGACUUGCAAAAGAAGCUAAGGAAUUCACUUUUACUGACUUGAUACCUGGAAGGAAAUAUACAGCUACUAUCACUACCAUUAGUGGGACUUUAAGCAACUGGACUUCAGUAGAAGGAAGAACAGUGCCAGCCCAAGUGACAGGUCUGACUGUGUCAAGUCAGGGAUCAACCAACAGCUUGUUCACCAACUGGACAAGAGCACUGGGAGAUGUAGACUCAUACCAAGUGCUACUGAUUCAUGAGAAUGUUGUCAUUAAAAAUGAAACUGUUCCCAGUGAAACUAACAGAUAUCACUUCUAUCCCCUGAAACCUGGAGGACUCUAUUCAGUUGUUGUCACCACUGUCAGUGGAGGGAUAUCUUCAAGGCAAACAAUUGCAGAGGAAAGAACAGUUCCUUCCAGUGUGACCGGAGUAACAGUAAAUAACUCAGGUCGGAGUGACUACCUCAGUGUUUCUUGGCUGCCAGCUGCUGGAGAUGUAGACAGUUAUUUGGUAACACUCUCUCAUGAUGACAAGAUUGUUCAGACUCUUACCAUUUCCAAAUCAUUCAGUGAAUGCUCCUUCAGCAGCCUUACUCCUGGGACGCUUUAUGAUGUGAUGAUAACCACAAAGAGUGGAAAGUAUGAAAACUAUUCCCUCAGCCAGGAACGAACAGUCCCUUCAAGUGUCCAGGGACUUACUGUCAGCAAUUCAGCCAGAAGUGACUACUUGAAGGUAUCCUGGUUACAUGCAUCUGGAUAUUUUGAUAAUUAUGAAGUGAUCAUCAGUAACAACAAUGAUUUCAUCCAAACUAAAAAUGUCCCAAAGGAUGAAAAUGAAUGUGUGUUCACCAGUCUGGUCCCAGGGAGGCAGUACAGUGUCACAGUCAGCACAAAGAGUGGGAAAUACGAAACUAGUGAAAGAGUCUAUGGCAGAACAAUGCCAGAGUCAGUGAAGGAACUGACUCUUAGUAACAGGAGCACAGAAGAUCUGCAGGUAACUUGGUCAAAGGCCGAGGGGGAUGUUGAUAAGUAUGAGAUUCAGCUGCUCUUCAAUGAUAUGAAGAUCUUCCCACCCAUUUUCCUUGGGAACACCAUUGAGGAGUAUUGGUUCACAGCUCUGACUCCAGGACGUCUAUACAAAAUUCUUGUUUUGACCAUCAGUGGAGAUGCACAGCGGGCUACUUUCAUAGAAGGCCUGACAAUUCCAAGCAAGGUCCGAAACAUUCAUGUGUCACCUAAUGGCAUGACAAACAGUCUGAAAGUGAGCUGGAGCCCUGGAGGUGGAGAUGUUGAUUCCUACACAGUGACUAUAUUUCAACAAAAUCGUCAGCUUGAUUCUCAGAGUGUCUCCAAACACAUCUCUGAGCACAUGUUUCACAAGUUGGAAGCUGGGGAGCAGUACCGGGUGGUGGUGCAAUCUAACAGUGGCACCUUGCACAACAGCUUAGCAGCUUUUGGGAGAACAAUUCCAGCCUCUGUCCAGGAAUUAUUAGCCCAUCAUGCUUACAGCAGUCAUUCCUUGUUAGUAACCUGGCAGAAAGCUCCUGGUGUAGCUGAAAGAUAUGACAUUCUGCUCUUGAACGAGCAAGGAAUCCUCCUGAGUAACAAAUCAGAGCCAGCUACUGCCAAACAACACAAAUUUGAAGAUUUACUAGCUGGCAAGAAGUACAAAAUACAAGUUCUGACAGUCAGUGGUGGACUCUUCAGUAAGCGUGCAGAAACUGUUGGCCGAACAGUUCCAGCAGCUGUUACAAAUCUGAAAGUCACAGAGAACACCACUGACCGACUGUCCUUCAGCUGGACCACCUCUCAAGGGGAGCUUGAUUCAUAUGACAUCUUCCUAUACAAUCCAGACAAGUCUCUUCAUGACAGGAUUUCAGGAGAGCAGCAUCUUCAGCAGUGUUCGUUCCAGAACCUGCGUCAAGGCAGGAUGUAUCGAAUGGUGAUUGUUACACACAGUGGGGACCUCACUAACGAGUCAUCUGUCUAUGGAAGAACAGUACCGGCCCCAGUUGUUGGUCUCAAGGCAUCCAACCGAAACAUGACGGACAGUCUGUGGUUCUCUUGGGGUCCAGCAGCAGGAGAUGUUGACUUCUAUGAGCUGAAUCUUUACAACCCAAAUGGAACACAGAAAGAAACUGAGCAAAGGAAAGACCUGGAAGAGUGGCGUUUCCAGGGGCUCAUUCCUGGCAGAAAGUAUACUUUGGUUGUGGUGACUCACAGUGGUGACCUGACCAACACAGCAAAUGCUGAAGGAAGAACAGCACCCAGCCCUCCGAACACUGUGUCAUUUACUGAUGUUGCAAACACUUCUUUAUCAAUCACUUGGCUGGGUCCUCCAGAUUGGACAGACUAUGAUGAUUUUGAGGUGCAGUGGCUUCCAAAGGAUCCCCUCACAGUAUUCAAUCCCUACAGCAGCAGCAGAUCUAAAGUACGCAUCAUCUACGGCCUGCGACCAGGGAGACUCUAUGAGUUCAGUGUGAGAACUGUCAGUGGUGACAGCUGGAAGACAUACAGUCAGUCACAGUCUGCAAGUGUGAGAACAAAGCCAGACAAGAUACAAAGCCUUCACUGUCGGCCCCAAACCUCUACUGCCAUCGCGUGUUCCUGGACUCCUCCCGAUUCUGACUUCGACGGGUAUAGCGUUGAGUGCAAGAAAAUGGACACCCGUGAAGUGGAAUUUUCUAAAAGGAUAGAUAAAGAUAAAUCUCUACUUAAUAUUAUGACCCUUGUUCCCCACAAGCGAUACCUGGUGUCCAUCAAGGUGCAUUCUGCAGACAUGACGAGUGAAGUGGUUGAAGACAGCACCAUCACAAUGAUUGAUCGUCCUCCUCAGCCACCUCCAGAUGUACGAGUGAACAAAAAAGAGGUGCUGAUUACCAAAUCCUCCAUCAACUUUACUUUUAACUGCAGCUGGUUUAGUGAUACUAAUGGAGCUGUGAAGUACUUUACUGUGGUUGUGAGGGAGGCUGAUGGUAGUGAAGGACCAAAGCCCGAUGAGCAGCACCCGUUACCUUCCUACCUGGAGUACAAACACAAUGACUCUAUACGCAUCUACCAGACAAAUUAUUUUGCCAGUAGCUGUGCUGAAAACCCUGACAGUGACUAUAAAAGCUUUGACAUUAAGCUUGGAGGAGAAAUGGAAAAUCUGGGAGGAAAGUGUGAUCCAGAUCACCAGAAUUUCUGCGAUGGACCUCUAAAGCCUCGAACUGCGUAUAGAAUCAGCAUACGAGCUUUUACUCAGCUUUUCAGUGAAGACCCAAAGGAACUUCCUAAACCACUCUUUGCAGACACCUUCUUCUCUUUACCCAUCACCACAGAGGCAGAGCCUCUCUUUGGAGUUAUUGAAGGUGUGAGUGCUGGCUUGUUUCUGAUUGUGAUGUUGGUGGCUGUUACUGCUUUAUUUGUCUGCAGACAAAAAGUUGGCAAUGGCCAUGAGAGACCUACAGCAAGGCUGAACAUUCGCAGAGACAGGCCACUGUCAGUCCAUUUGAACUUGGGGCAAAAAGGGUACAGGAAAACUUCCAGUCCGAUCAAAGUCAGUCACUUUGAAGCACACUUCAACAAACUUCAAGCAGACUCCAACUACCUUCUGUCCAAGGAAUAUGAGGACUUGAAAGAUGUGGGUCGAAACCAGACAUGUGACAUAGCACUUCUGCCAGAGAACAGAGGGAAAAAUCGAUACAAUAAUAUAUUGCCCUAUGAUACAUCAAGAGUGAAGCUUUCCAAUGUGGAUGAUGACCCUUGCUCAGACUACAUUAAUGCAAGCUACAUACCAGGCAAUAAUUUCCGCAGGGAAUACAUAGCAACUCAGGGCCCUUUGCCUGGAACCAAAGAUGAGUUCUGGAAGAUGGCAUGGGAGCAAAAUGUUCACAAUAUUGUCAUGGUAACCCAGUGUGUUGAGAAAGGCCGAGUAAAGUGUGAUCAAUACUGGCCCCAUGACCAGGAUUCCUUGUACUAUGGAGACCUGAUUGUUGAGAUGCUGUCUGAAUCAGUGCUCCCAGAGUGGACAAUACGAGAGUUUAAAAUCUGCAGUGAAGAGCAGCUUGACUCAACGAGGCUCAUUCGUCACUUCCACUACACUGUAUGGCCAGAUCAUGGUGUGCCAGAGACCACCCAGUCCCUGAUUCAGUUUGUCAGAACUGUAAGAGAUUAUAUCAACAGGACCCCAGACACAGGACCAAGUAUUGUACACUGCAGUGCUGGUGUUGGCAGGACUGGCACAUUCAUUGCACUGGACCGAAUUCUGCAGCAGCUGGAGUCGAAGGACACUGUUGACAUUUAUGCAGCAGUCCAUGAUCUCAGGCUUCACCGCGUUCACAUGGUUCAGACAGAGUGUCAAUAUGUGUAUCUACAUCAAUGUGUGAGAGAUGUGUUAAGAGCCAGAAAACUUCGCAGUGAACAAGAAAAUCCCUUAUUUCCAAUAUAUGAAAAUGUGAAUCCAGAGUAUCACAGAGAUGCUGUUUAUUCAAGACACUAAGAAUGUUAGAGAUAUCUGCUUUUGUGAACACAUUUGUUAACUAGAGGGUUUGUUUUGGUUUUUUAUGUAUGUAUUUCAUGCACCAGAAAGGUGCCAGACCUUUUGGAUGAGACUGUGUAUAAUUUAUUGGUCUGGUAAUUUUUUUAAGAUAUAUAAUUUAAAUGUAAUAGAUAUUAAUGUAUAUAAUUGUAUUUUGGCAUUAUGUAAAUAUGUAUUUUUUUCUAUAUUGUUUAUAUUAAUAUUAUGCUUCAGAUAAUACUAUUUUUUCUUAUCACAGUUUUUAUAAACUGUUCUACAUAAACUAUUUUAAAUUGUAUGGCUAACAGGACUGCUGCGUUUGGGGCGCUAUUGGCAUGACAUGGAAAAAGUCCUAUACAGAAAACCUCAUUUUUAAAAAAUAUUUCAGUGUUUGUGAGAUGAAAUAAGCUACUAUUAAGCAAGGGAACAGUAGUCCUGUAUAGAAAUUACAAUGCUACUCCACACUUUAAACUUACUGCUUUUCAUCUGACAAAAAUGGGAGUAACCCAUAUCACAGUGACAUACCUUUUACAGAACUCAUUAACAACCGAGCAAAACAGGGUUCACCUCACUAGAAGCAACUGUUUCAGUCUAGUGUGACAUAGUAGAAAAAUAUCAAACAACAUAUGCUGCAGUGAAGUCUAGCAGACCUUUCUCUGACCACGUGCUUUAGGGGAAGACAGGUCACAUACUGGUUUCUUUACACUGGUUUAAGAGAGCAGAAUCAGACUACAACUUGUGUCUGUGCACUUUCAUGUGUGUAAAAUUUUUAUUAAGGUAGGUGUUCAAAGACACUCCUCAGACAUUUGUGUUAACAAACCUGUGAGGAUGUGAAGUCUGGCAACUUCCACAGCUCAUCAGAAACAAUGCUGUACCAAGACAACCAAAAAAGUAGGGAGAUUGCAAACAUAUUGAAACAAAGACAUAUAAAGGUAUAUAUCUGGCAGUUUACUCAACUGGAGUAAAGCUGCACUUUGCCCCAAGUGUUGGUAUCCUUCAAAUGCCACUUGCUUUCACAGUGGGACAGUUUGGCCCUGGCAUGUCUACAUAGAAAGAAUUCUCCACUGGAAUGUUACCUGAUGUCACCACCACAGGGGCUGUUGGAAUGGAAAAAGGCUCAUCAGGGAAUGUAGGCUUGCAGGACUGUCCUGAUCAUAGAAUCAUCUAAUGUUUUGGGUUGGAAGAGACAUUAAAGACCAUCUAGUUCCAAACCCCAUGCUCCCAAGCAGGGACUCAUUACUGAAAACAUGUUUAAAAUUUAAAACAUAUCAACUUAAUUUUGUAUCAGCAAAAGAACUGAGUGAUAUAGUAAGAAGUACAGUCAAAGAGCACUUAUCAGGUAUCCUGCCCAGCCAAGUGCAUUAUGCACAGCCUCUGUCUCCUCUGCAAAGUGACAUCUCAUUAAGGGGUCUAAACACUGUUCAGCUAUUACUUAUCUUUAUAAAAUGCUCCUCAAACAAAUAGUGAAGAAACAGUACACAGUUCAUCUCCACCAUGAAAAGAAGGAAGAGCUUCACACUUCUUUCAUAUAUCUACCCAUACUUCUCAUAGAGAAACUUAGCUUCUUGCUGAAGACAAGUGCCUAAAUUCCACUUCUGUUUUGGAGAAAAAUAAAUAUUUCUGAAGGCCUUCUGAGAAUCAAGAAAAAGCCAACUGAGUGCCUGACUGAGGAACUCCUGUGCCACAGCAUGGAUGUGCAUGUGCAUAUCCAUGUUACUCUGGUUUUCCUAGAAAAGGUAACAGCCUGAUAGUCACUCUUCCUACUCCAUCUGGAAUCUCAUCCUUUCUUGACCAAAUACCCUCACAUGCCUCAGAAACCACCCUUCAAAUCAGCUGUCACAGCUGCUCAGAACAUGUAAACUUGUUUAUUCUUUUUAGGUGUUUCUGAAUGAAAAUACUGCUCAUCCCUCCAGCACAUCCUCUUUGGCACCAUGCAAACCUCAAAAUUCACCAACCUUAAUGGAAACUGAAGAAGAAGGGAACUAGCAUUAGAGUGGAAGACAUUUUCGCAGAGGAAAGUCUAAGCAAAACCACAAAGAAAUGAGCACAUUUUCUGCAGAUGCUUUCUUUUCUCUGUUUCCUUUGCUAGAUGUCUAGGUUAGCAAGGAAGGACAAACAAGCAUCGUAGCUUUAGAUCCACUGUUGAUUGGGCUAAUGACUUCUGCACUUAAGGCAUUGUGAAAACUGCUGUUGUGUUACAUGCACUGCAUUUGGUCCUUCCUUUCUUGCAGGGGUAGCCAAGGAAUGAAGAUCACCAUGUUAGUUACCAGCAGUACAAUUGCACUGUUAACACACGCCAAGUGUACCCUAUAAAUUACCUCACACUUUAUAUCACCAUGUCAUUUUUUAAUGCUGAGGGAAAUGGAACUCACUCAAUACUAUAUAAUCUGAGGGCAAAAGUCUGAUUGUAUGCUCUGUAUGCAUGUUGUUCAUCAUUUUCAGAAAGACACACAUUAUUCUGCAGUUUUAUCAUUCUCAGCUCCCUUGUCUGCAGCUACAGAGUUCGUAUAUGUGUGCCCAAAAUUAUGUCAUAGUAGACAGCUAGUUUCAUCUUUUCUCUCAGCUAAUAAUGGACACAGUUCAUAAGCCUCUUCCUCCUCAUCACUUCAUAAUAUGACAGAUAACCUUAAACACUGGCACAAUGCUCUUGAGCAGCUUUACAUUUCUGCCCAAGUAGGUCACACAUGAGACUGUAUACACACAUUAUUGCUCUGGUUCUGCUCUCUAGCCAAUCCUACUCAUAUGAAACCAGUGUAAAUCCACUAAGAAAAAGUUAAAAAGUAUCUAUGUAGCAUUUUGUUAAUAUACAACACCUACUUAUCAGUAUAAGUAGUUAUAUUUAUUGUGCCUCUAAGCUGACUAACAGGACUGAUGGGAAACUGUUAAUGUAACAAGAACAGAUUUGUGGGAGCUUGUGUGCUGAACAAAGACAGCUCUUAAGGAGAAAGACAACUUUUGAAUGUCCUUGAUGAUGUUCAGAAUUCCCUUCUUGAUGUUUCCCAAUAAUAAUGUUAGAAAGCAAGGCUAGUGUUGUUGCUGAUCCAUAAGCUAAGAUUUGCACACUUGGAGCCCAUCCUUUGAAUCUCUGCAUGGUCCACAAAGCUACCUGAGUACUUGCAUGAAAGUCAACUGGAAUGCUUGCCUGAAGAAAAUACCAUUCCACUUCUGAAGCACUUGCAAGGUUGGGCUUUUAGGUUAAUUCAAAUCUUUGUAUUGAAAGUUAUUUAAUAAUGAAAAAAUGGUAAUAAAUAUUUUUUUUAAUCUGUGCAAUAAAAUUACAAGAUCUACUAGCAAUUGUAGGGAAAAAAUAGAUUUUACUUAGCUGGAGUUUAUAAAUGAUAUUUUUUGUUACUAAUGGAACACAAAAGUGGGUGAGAGAAAUAGGCAUACUGUGAAGAUGUCAAAAAGUGCAACUUUAUACAUUUUUCUCUGCUGCUAUAGUUAUUUAGCAAUAAAUAAUGCCUAAAAUGCCAGAAAUAUUAUUUUGUGCCAUAAUAUGCUAUGAAUUUUCUUCCAAUUGUAGAACACAGAAAAGAAAAUGUGUGAGCUUUAAGUUUAUAUUAUGUAUUGUAUAUGGUUAUUUACACUUUGACUUUGAAAGCACAAAGUUAAACACUAGACAGGAGUACAUGGGCACUUAGCUGUGCUCCUCAGCCUGGGAUUUAAUAUGUGGACUAGAGUGAUGAGAACAAUAGCCAUCAAAUCACUCUAUCAGCAUCUCUCUCCAAGGCCACAGAACAGAAAAAUGCAUCUGACACUCAGAGAUACAGCCUACCACAGCCACAGCUUCAUGUCCAAGGAGUGCCUUGGCAGGUGCUUAACAUUUAUUCAGAUUUCUUUCAAUGCUUCAGACGUACAGUCUGUGCAAAUAAAAUGCAGUCUAGAAUGACCACCACUCCCUCAUGGCCCUGUCACUGAUGUCUGGGCUCUGGAGCUGUGAGCUCUGGGACCUGUAAUCCCAGGAUGCUGUAACUUUGAAUUGAAAUGAGUGCUCACCCUAGCAUUUGGGCAACUUGCUGUAGACCCCGUGCCCUGAACUGGCUCCUUCAUGCUGACAAAAUCAAACUCCUGACCUGUUGGUAGCACCUCUAUGGCCAAAGCAAACUGGUUUGUUAUCAGUGACCUCACAGAUCAACAGCUGGUUCAAACUGCGAUUUUUUUUUUUUAAGGCUGUCAGGAAAUACUGGAGACUAGGGACUAGCUAAUUGAGAAGAAACUGUGAAACUGGGACACAUACAGUGUCAGCAAGGCUGGUAGUCCGAUGGCCAUGACAGUUUAGUUGUUUCUUGGUUUAUUUGAAAGCUAGAGAAAUACUGUAAGUAACAUUAAGAAGCUAAAUAUAUAUUGUUCUAGAGCAGGACAGUACACUGUAGUGAAAACCCCACAGUUUUGAAAUGUGGCUAGCCAUAAAUUGUUUGCCAGUGCCUGGAGUAAAGUGUCUGAAAAACAUCUUCAAUGCUUAUUCCAUGCUCAUAUACAAUAUAAUUACUUAUAAUUGUGUUCCUAACAAACACUGGGUGAACACAGAACUGUGCUACUAUUGUCAAUUUAAUUUAUGCAUUUAAGUAUAUUUUUAUAUUUUUAGCUACAGUCAACAAAUCAAAUAUAUUUGAGUGUAUUUUA